AUGCAUCCUGACUGGCCAGAAACCCCAGCUGACUUGGUGCCACUGCCGCAGUGCCCAGGCCCGAAGUUGCAUGCAUUUGAUUUUAAAGGUCCUCAAAAUAUUGAAUUCGUGCGAGUCCUUGGACAAGGCCUUCAUUCUCAUGUUUUGAAGGUCAAGAUCAAGGGCCAGGAGUAUGCGCUCAAGCUGUACUCGGACCCGUUUUACAGCGAAUGCCGCGCGUUUGGGCGUCUGCACGAAACAGGCCACACCGACCUGGCCGUCCCUUGUUAUGGCUAUGUCUUACUGGACGAGGAGCAUGAGCGCAAGUUGACUGAGCAGUUCAAGCUCGAAUACAAUGGUAGCGUUGAUUUUCCUGGCGACGAAGACAUGCGCGGGCUCUAUCCAGGCGAGCGCAGCGGCAAGCCGCCGCCGCUCCGUGGCAUCAUCAAGAAACUCGGGUCCACCGUAGACCCCUGGAGCCCAGCCAAUCUCACCGUGCGCACCGCGCGGCGGCUCCUACGGGACACGAUCCGCCUUCACCAGCUGGGCAUUUUCUACCUCGACUUGCGGCCCGAGCAGCUUGUGGACAAUGUGAUGUGCGAUUUUAGCACCGCAUUCACUGUUCCGCAUUUCAUGGCCAGCCCCGAGCUAAAUCCCAAACUAACCGAGAAGGAUCUGGCAGCCAUGGAGCACGAGGUAUUCCUGUACACCAUUAACGACUACUGGAGUGUUGAGGAAAUGAUUCUUCGGCAUAUUGCGUGGCCCCGUCAAACAUCCAAAGUCUACGAAUUGAUGACUGUGUUCCCCGGCGGGGUGCGGGGACCGCAUUGCCCAAAGCCGUAUUACCAUCUCCGACGCACAAGUUCUCGUGUUGAAGAGAUGCUUCGGAUUUAUGCGCUGGCCGAUCCCCGGCAAUUCGACUGGAAGGCCGGUGCCGCGCUCAAGGACCGCAGUAACCAUAAAUUGCGGCUGGCUAAAACACCCAAACGGUGGUAUCUUCCAUGCACGCCAGAAAAGGCGCUCAAAAUGAAAUAUGAUCGCAUGUUAUGCUCCACGCUGGAAUGGAAAGGAAAGAAACGAACUCUGAAGAAACGGGCGUACCUGAAUUAG